UAGUGAGCGUCUGUCUUAUCCUUUCUUCAAUAGGCCUACCCAUAAUGGAUAGGUUUCAUUCUUCCAUGCGCAAAAGGCUGUACAGCUUGCCGCAAAACAUUGUCCAAAGAGGCUCUGUCUCUGUGAUGAUUGACGAGGGAGGAGAAUACGGUGGUGGCGACAAGGACACAAAGAAGAAAAGUACCAGUAUCAGGCUGAAGCCUCUUCUCCUUCCUGGACCUCCAUCCCCCGCCAGCAGCUGCAAGAGAAACGGGGACAGGGACCCCAAGAGCGGAGCUUCCAGAGACUUGGAAACGGACGUUGCCGGUAAGACCAACUUAAACGGGGACUGUCGCCUUUUUAAAGGUAGCCUCUCUUCCAUCACUGGUCGGCACACUCUUGGGUCAGAUCCAGCGGAGCAGCGGAGGCUGAUCCCCGAGAUAGACGCCAGCGCUAACGAGGAGAGUUACCCCGGAGGAGAGACUGGUUCGGGGGCCGAGCAGGGCGCGCAGGGUGCCGUUGGUCGCAGUGCUGGCACACACCGCCAAUCGUCCGUCUUCGAUCAGUCCACUUUAAUCAAGUUAGAAGGCACCGAAUCGAUCAUGCCAGACGAAGCAGAGCAGUUGUAUCGGGCAGGCUUCAUGCACAGGCAGUUCGGAGCGAUGCUUCAACCAGGAGUCAACAAGUUCUCUCUGAGAAUGUUGGGGAGCGAGAGGGCGGUGGAGCACGAGAGAGAACGCGUGAAGUCUGCAGGAUUCUGGAUCAUUCAUCCAUACAGUGAUUUUAGGUUCUACUGGGACCUGAUAAUGCUGUUCCUCAUGGUGGGGAACCUCAUUAUCAUCCCUGUGGGCAUCACCUUCUUCAAGGAUGAGCACACUCCCCCCUGGAUCGUCUUCAACGUCAUCUCAGACACCUUGUUCCUCAUCGACCUGGUCCUCAACUUCCGGACGGGCAUCGUCAAGGAGGACAACACAGAGAUCAUCCUGGACCCACAGAAAAUCAAGAUCAAGUAUCUGAAGAGCUGGUUCGUGGUGGACUUCAUCUCAUCCAUACCAGUAGAUUACAUCUUCCUCAUCGUGGAGACCAGGAUCGACUCAGACUUCUACAAGACGGCCCGGGCGCUGAGGAUAGUGCGCUUUACAAAAAUCUUGAGUUUGUUGAGACUGCUCCGGCUGUCCAGGCUCAUCAGAUAUAUACACCAGUGGGAAGAGAUUUUCCAUAUGACCUAUGACCUGGCCAGUGCCAUGGUGAGGAUCGUGAACCUGAUUGCUAUGAUGCUGCUGCUGUGUCACUGGGAUGGAUGUCUGCAGUUCCUGGUUCCCAUGCUGCAGGAGUUCCCUUCUGACUGCUGGGUCACCAGGAACAAGAUGGUGAAUGACACGUGGGGCCAGCAGUAUUCCUACGCCCUGUUCAAGGCUAUGAGUCACAUGCUGUGUAUCGGGUACGGUAUGUACCCUCCUGUCGGCCUGGUGGACGUGUGGCUCACCAUCCUCAGCAUGAUCGUGGGCGCCACCUGCUACGCCAUGUUCGUAGGCCAUGCAACCGCUCUCAUUCAGUCACUGGACUCGUCCCGACGGCAGUACCAGGAGAAGUAUAAGCAGGUGGAGCAGUACAUGUCCUUCCACAAGCUUCCUGCCGGCAUGCGGCAGAGGGUCCAUGACUACUACGAACAUCGCUACCAGGGCAAGAUGUUUGACGAGGAGAGCAUUCUGGGGGAGCUGAACGAACCGCUCAGAGAGGAGAUUGUCAACUUCAACUGUCGUAAGCUGGUUGCUUCGAUGCCUCUGUUCGCCAACGCCGACCCCAACUUUGUGACGUCAGUGCUGACCAAGCUGCGCUUUGAGGUGUUCCAGCCCACGGAUAAUGUGGUUAUGGAGGGCACCGUCGGCAGAAAGAUGUACUUCAUCCAACACGGGGUGGUCUGCGUCAUCACCAAGGGCACCAAGGAGACCAAGCUGUCUGACGGGUCCUACUUUGGAGAGAUCUGCCUGCUGACUCGAGGCAGAAGAACGGCCAGUGUUCGUGCGGAGACGUACUGCCGUCUGUACUCUCUGUCUGUGGACAACUUCAACGAGGUCCUGGAGGAGUACCCCAUGAUGAGACGGGCCUUCGAGACCGUGGCUCUGGACCGGCUGGACCGCAUAGGAAAGAGGAACUCUGUUCUCCGACACAAAGUCGCCCAGAACUCAGGAGCUGUGAACCUCCAGGAGAAUGAGAUCAUCCAGAGGAUUGUACAGCACGACCGAGACAUGGCUAUCCAGAGCAACAUCUCUCCCCAGUCCCUGGACCCCCCAUCCCCCACCUCCACCCCGGGGGUCAUCUGGGCUCCGCUGGUCCAGGGCCCCCUCCAGGCCGCUGCAGCCACCACCUCCCUGGCUCUGGCCUUCUCCCACUCCCAGCUCCAAACCCAGCUCCCUCCCAUCCUCUUCCACCGUCCGCUCUCCAUCUCCAGGUCGUUCAAGGAUCCAGGAGGCCACCAUCUGCAGAGGGGCGUGUUUGUGGGCGUGUCUGCAGCUGGAAGUGUGGGCGUUCCCAGCUAUGGCUCCGGGGCUGCAUCCCCGGCCGGUUCUGUGAAGUUCCGUUCUGGAGUGGACACUCCAAUAUUAGCCUCGCUCCGGGCGCAGCAUCUAGUCUCCACCGCCUCCUCCAUGUCUCCUCUGUCACCUAUGACCUCCAUGUACCAGCCCACCACAACCAACAACUUCCAGGCCCAGCACAGCGGAGGCUCUCCCAUCCCCCUGGGCCAGGCCUCCAUCCAGGGGUAUCCACCCUCCUCCUCCUCCUGUACGGCCCUGCUCCACCAACACCACCCCUGUAGCCCACCAGGUUCCAACCAGCAGGGGGCGUCAGGGAGGCCCACCCUGGACUCGGGGAGGUUCUCAGCCCACUCAGCCCCCUCUGGUUCCACCCUAAGUCCUCUCAUCUGUAGCUCUGUCAGCCCUAUCCUGAGCCAGCUACAGCAACACGCCUCCUCUUACUCUCACGCUACCAGCUCUCACCACAUCCAGAGGGGGAUGGGCUCUGGUGAACAUCAGGAGAGAGCAGGCCUCCUCCUCCCCCCCCACUCCCACUGUUCCUACACCAGCACCAGCCCUAGCUACACCACCCAACACCACAGCUCCAGUGGGUUUCUAUCUGUACCUAUCCCACAACAGGCCAGCGUUGGAGGUGUUGGAGCCCCAUCCUCCCUGGUGCAACACAGUCUGGCAGGUCUGCAGUCCAGCCUCCACCCCACCCUCCACCCCGGCCUCCACCCCAGCCUCCACGCCGGCCUCCUCCCGCAGGUUCUCCCGGAGCACUCUGCCCAUUCUUCCCACUCUGCCCUGGCCUCGCUGGCCCAGUACGGAUCAGGGGAUGGCUCCCCGUCCUGCACCCCGCCGGUGGCACCCAGCCCCACCUUCCAGAGCCCAGUGACAGGCAGGACGGUGCUUCCCCAUCAUCACCACAGCCAGCUCAGCCAUCUCAGCCAGCUCCACAGCCAACCCUCCAGCGCCAUGGGCUCGCACAGCUCCCUCACCCCACAGACGUCAUACCCCGCUCGGGUAGACCGAAGGGCAGAGUCCUUAGUGGAUCUCUUCACCCAGGAUGUCAGGACUAUCUCCACUGUUUCCACCUCUGGCUCACGCAGCUACCUUCCCCAGGAAGGGGCUCUCUCCAUACCUUCAUGGGGGUCUGGUUCUUCUCACCCCUUCUCCUCUCCUCCCAUGGCAGGGGGUAGCAGUAAUAAACUCCCAGGCCACGCCACCCCUCUGAGUCACUACACUCCCCCGGGAUCUGAACUUCCAACUCCCAUGAACCAAGGCGCACCGACCUCUUCGCAUCCCAACCCCAGUCGCCCUGCUACCCCGGCCAAGACCUCCGAGGCAGACUACAGACUCUCCAAACUCCCCUCCAACCUGUGA